CAAUCACCAUGCCAUUACAGCCUGCAGAGGAAGCUGUUUAUGGGACUGCAGCGCUAAUUAGGCUCAUGAACUAACAAAUCUGCCUGCACCAACCCGGCCGAGGAGAAAGAAAGAAAGCAAGAGGGGAAAAAAGCGCAGCGCAUCCAUGGAUUAGUCUGGGAGUAGCUGAGCGCUUUUUAUUUUUUCCCCUGCAAAAGCUUCCCAACUUAUUUCCCAGCGAAGAAAACUUUCCCCCCCUUUUUUUUUCCUUUUGGGUGUGGAGGAUUAUUUUUAAGCGGCGGCGCCUUCGACAACUUCGACCUAAACUGGGGAAUCUGGACUAUCAGACCAUGUUUCAACCCGCACCCAAGAGGUGUUUUACGAUAGAGUCGCUAGUGGCGAAGGAUAACCCCGUACCGGUGUCCCGCUCCGAGGAGCCUAUCAGGCCGGCGGCUCUCAGCUAUGCAAACUCCGGCCAGAUGAACCCGUUCCUGAACGGCUUCCACUCCGGCGGCAGGGGCGUCUACUCGAACCCGGACUUGGUGUUUGCAGAGGCGGUCUCUCACCCGCCGAACUCCGCCGUCUCGGUGCACCCGGUGGCCCCGCCGCACGCGCUGGCCGCUCACCCGCUCUCCUCCUCCCACAGUCCGCACCCGCUGUUCGCCAGCCAGCAAAGGGACCCGUCCACCUUCUACCCCUGGUUAUUACACAGAUAUAGGUACCUGGGCCACAGGUUUCAGGGCAACGAAACGAGUCCAGAGAGCUUCCUUUUGCACAACGCGCUGGCCAGAAAGCCCAAAAGAAUCCGGACAGCGUUCUCGCCCUCGCAGCUCCUGCGGCUCGAACACGCGUUCGAGAAAAACCAUUAUGUGGUGGGAGCGGAGAGGAAGCAGCUCGCCCACAGCCUUAGCCUCACAGAAACUCAGGUAAAAGUGUGGUUCCAGAACCGGAGGACGAAGUUCAAGCGGCAGAAGUUGGAGGAGGAAGGCUCGGAGUCGCAGCAGAAGAAGAAGGGCUCGCAUCACAUAAACCGCUGGAGACUGGCGACCAAACAGGCGAGCCCGGAGGAAAUUGAUGUCACUUCGGACGAUUAACGACAAAACAAGUGAUCCAAAAAACGGGACUGGCUUUCUCAGAGUUUUCUGAAUGAAGGAGGAUACGGAUACCGUACGCGGGGCAGAGACUGUGGGGGGGUCAGAUGGAGAGAGAGAGAGAAACCGAGGCUGAGGCUGGUCCUGCUGCACGGAGCGGCUCUGUCGGCCCAAACGGGCCGAGAAAAAGCGUCUCAGUCCGUCUACCUGAACCCGUCCCCGCUCCACCACUACAAACCUCCACCUAUUGGUCAUUUUUUCUCCAAUUCUUAUUGGACGUUUGCACGUCAGAAGAUUUUUUUUUCCACACUCAAGAAACCAAAACACCAAACUGCUUUUUUUUUUUAAACUUGAAAUGCAUGGUUUAAUAUUCCCCCCCUCGUAGAACUUUUAAUUUGGCUAAAGACGGGAAAAAAAAGGAAAUUUAAAUUUCUUUUUUUUUGUUUUUAACUCUAUUUUCCAACAGAGAUGUCGUGCUUCUUCCUUUCUACCAAGUGUGCAGUCUUUCCUUAAUGAUUCUCGUGUAAAAGUGAUUGUGAAAACAUAUCAAGUAGCGGUGUUUUGAUUUUUAUUUCAAACAGAAGAAAACAAAAAAAUCGUUUUUUUUUAUUUGAUGAUUUGAAAUUUUUACCUUAUUUUCUAAAAAAAAAAAAAAAAAAGCUGAAUCGGAGCGCAGCAGUGAGAGAGGGAAAGAUAUCAGGAGGUUCCUUCAACCCAAAGCUUUACCAAUAACCGCGUCGCUCUGCAGCCUCCUGUCAGGACUCGGUGAAGGACUAAAACACAAAAAGAAAAACUGAAAAAAAAAAAACAGAGAAAGAGGGAAAAAACAAACUCACUUCAGGCACUGAACGUAUUCCAUGUACAGAAAUGCUAAAAAAAAAGAAAGUUCCUGUUUCUGUUCAACCCCCCCUUUUACAGAAUGUAAAUAAUUUUUGUGUUUGUGUUAAGUUUGCUACAAUUUUAACACAAAGUAUACUUCCAAGAAGUAUGUAAUUGUCAAUAUUUUGUCAAUAAAGUUUUAUCAGUAUGUUGCGCGCA